CUGGCUAACUUGCUAAGCAAGGGGUCUCCAUCAGCAGGAGGCGGGGAAGACUGCGGGCAGCAGAGAGAGGCAGUCAGAUCAAGGGACUGAAUCUUCCCUGGAGAAUCGGGGAGCUCUUCCUCACUGUAAACUGUUACUAGAAAGGCUGUAACAAUGUCCGAUUUUGACAGCAACCCGUUCGCAGACCCGGACUUCAGCAAUCCCUUUCAGGAUCCUUCGGUGACGCAGGUGACCCGGUCUGCCCCUCCUGGUGGUCUGGAGGAGUAUAACCCCUUCACAGACGCCAGAACGGCAGCCCCUGGAAAUGCCCCCAAAGCUACUCCUACCCCUUCCCAGAACACACAACCUGCCAUCAUGAAGCCCACAGAAGAGCCGCCGGCUUAUUCACAGCAACAGACACAGGACCAAGUGCGUGCUCAGGCCGAGUUGUUGAGAAGGCAGGAGGAGUUGGAGAAGAAAGCAGCAGAGCUUGAUCGCCGGGAGAGGGAGUUACAGUCCCAUGGAGCAGCAGGAGGACGUAAGAACAACUGGCCUCCACUGCCAGAGAAGUUCCCUGUCGGCCCAUGUUUCUACCACGACAUUGCCGUGGACAUUCCUGUAGAGUUCCAGAAGACGGUCAAGAUCAUGUACAACCUUUGGAUGUUUCAUGCAGGCACGCUCUUUGUGAACAUGUUUGGCUGCCUGGCCUGGUUCUGUGUGGAUUCAAGUCGUGGCGUAGAUUUUGGCCUGGCCAUGCUAUGGUUUCUGCUGUUUACCCCCUGUUCUUUUGUCUGCUGGUACAGACCGCUUUACGGGGCUUUCAGGAGUGACAGUUCAUUCCGCUUCUUUGUCUUCUUCUUCGUCUAUAUCUGUCAGUUUGGAGUUCACGUUCUACAAACUAUUGGCAUCACUGGCUGGGGAACAUGUGGCUGGAUCGCAGCUUUAACUGGUCUGAACACCAGUAUCCCAGUGGGCAUCAUCAUGUUACUGAUUGCAGCUCUCUUCACUGCACUGUCUGUGGGCUCGCUCAUCAUGUUUAAAAAGGUGCACGCACUCUAUCGUACGACUGGUGCUAGUUUUGAGAAGGCUCAGCAGGAGUUUGCAACUGGGGUCAUGUCCAACAAGACGGUUCAGACUGCAGCCGCCAACGCUGCAGCCAAUGCUGCAUCCAACGCCGCUCGUGGGGCCUUCAAAGCUCAUCCAUAAACUGAAACACACACACGCAUACAUGCACACAUGCUCACAUGCUCACACAUACAAGCAAGCACACACACACACACACACACACACACACAGAAAAGAUGGAGAUGCACAGCUCUGGCCCCGCUGGUUUUCAGAUCAAAUUGAUUUUAUUUAUGAAUGUUGCAAUGCUAAGAUUGCCCUACACACUUUGCUUGAAAAGUGUAACGUACAUUACUGACAAGUGACCAGAGCUGUCCAUCCUCACUUAAAAUCAACAUCAGUGAAACUCUCCUACAUCCACCCUGUCUGCUUUUCAGUCAGGUGACUGUCUGCUCACAUCCCCUGAAACAUCCACUUAGUGACUCAAGGUGUGCUCUGAGCAUGUGGGAUCUCAUCUCACUCUCUCUUGCACACUCCUUUGCUUUCCCUGUUCUUCUGUCCCUUUGAGGUGAUCCUAGGUCAGGCAGAGAUCGCAGUUCUAGCGUAACCUUAUUUUUGUCAUGGUGAUGACCUCCAAACAGCUUCCUGCCUGGUUAAUACAGUAUAGAGUCAUGAAAAGUGAUAAUCUGAUCAUGGUGUUUUGCACAUAGUUCUGUUUUCUUGGUCACAUACUGGAAGUACAGUAUAUGUUUGAAUGGCUGGGGCUGCGUGUGAAUGUGUACGUCACUUUAAGAAAAUUGUGGCUCUGACUUGUUUUUGUUUUUUUUAUAAUCCAGUGCUUGAUCAUUGAGAUCUGAAAGGUGAAUCUUUCCUUCUACUAUAUCAGUGCUUCUAUUCUAAGACAAUACCAUUAUCAUUAUGGUAAAACUUAAUUCUUAUAAAUAGGAAUAUGUCUGUAUGUUCUUAUUCAAGGACUUGCCCGCAGCCCCCAACAGAGCUCCAGUGACACCUGUCAGUUGAAUAGUUCCCUCUCUGUGUGCUACUUUGAUUUGCAAAGUGUGCUGAGUCAGCAUCUCUGUGGCUUACUAAGAUCUGACAGCAUAAAAAUGACAUGCAUGUUUAGCACACUCAAUCGGCCUUUUCUUCAGACUACAGGGUUAGCUGGUUCAGGGGAGUGUCUGGCUAUAAAGUUAUUGCAUGUCCCAGUGGCUGUUUGACUGAUUGAUGAUGUUUGGAUCUGUUUGUGAAGACACACUGAACACCCAGGUCAACAGGUCACCAGUUCUCACCACAAACAAGACAGAUGCUUUCAUGGCCUGGUGCACCAAAAAAAGGGGGGGGAAACACCAGAGAAAUAAUCUCAUUUUCUUUUAUGCGUGUAUGACAUUAACAGACUACUACGCAGCUCUCUCUCUCAGUUGUUUUUGUAGCCCUUUCACACUGUGUUAAAAAAACACUAACGCUGCUAUGAAUCAGAGCUGUUCAGUCGUGGCCUCCUUCUGUCCUGUUUCCUGUUGAAAAGGACAUGUACAGUACCAUACUUAGUGAGAACUGUGGGAGGUGACCUGCCUUUUCUCACUGAAGGUGACCUGGACAGUGAUAAAGCUAUGUUGUUGUUUUUUUCUUGAGAUUAUCCUGUAUACACAAAAUAGUAAAAACACUGAUUCUGUGUAUAUCUACACCAUGAAGACUAACAGUGUUUGCAUUUUUACAGACAAAAAGUCAGUCCACUGAUUUUCCUGUCAGUAUUGGAUUGGUAUCAGACAUGUCAGAGCCAAAAUGAACAUUAAGAUGUCAGAGUACUGGAAUUGAUGCAUAUUCUGCAAUCUUACUAAGAUACAUUAAUUUCUAUACAAUAAAAACAGUGUUAUUCGAUACAAGUUGUACAGACUACUGUCACUGAAGUGAAACAUGGACGUGGGUUACAUUUGUGUUGUGCUUUAGCACCUCUCAUUGUGGUGAUGAGUGUCUGAAGAUGUGCAUGAUAGAUGACCUGAUGACUGAUACUGCUGUUACUACAAAUGUGUGGACUGAACAUUUAUAGUGGAUGAAAUACUCCUGUGAGUGCUACCAAGGUGAAGAUCAAUCAUUUGUCAUGAAAUAGCAAGACUACAUCUUGGCAGUAUUGUUUUUAUCUGGAAAUGUUUUCUUUUAAAUUCAUUGCACAUUUUCUCGAUUUGUUUAAAAUUUAGUGCAAAAAAAACAUGUUUUUAUUUAUGGUGUAAUUUAAGUUGUUUGCAUUUCAUCUCUGUUGGGUUUGGUUUUACAUUAUGUAUUAUGUUUGUGUGGUUUUGUAAUGACAUGAUCAUAGCAUCAGCUAGAUUUAAAAAAAAAAGUGUUCAAUGACUUUGCAACUUGAUCCUGCAAGAGGUGUUUGUGUGGAUGACGAAGUGAGUAUGAUUGGUAUGAAAGGAAAGAAAAAAAUCUCCCUCAAGUGUUAUUCCAAGUCCUGAAAAGCUGUGAGAAACCUACCAAAUGUCCAUAUAGAUUUGUUUUUCAAAUCUUAAUUUGUGAUGUGUUCCCUUGCCAUGUUUUACUUUUAAGGUACUACGCAACUUUUCUUUGCCACAUACACCCACUCGAUUCCCAUGUAUCUAUAGUUUUAAGCAGUUGUCAUACGAAGCCAUGCCACAGUGGGUAAUUUCCUGAUGUAUUUGGCGAGCUGGUCUGCAGUACAGGACGAUGUGUUAGAAGUUUGAUGACACAAAACUGUGUUUUUGACCUGUGACCAUGUUAUUUCACUGAAUCAGAGAAGAAACUCAUUCAAAAGGGACACUUGUAUAUUUUGUAAAGUUGAAAAUUUGAUCCCCAUUAUCAAUCACAUGUAAAAAGAAAACGUAAUGCACUCUUGUCUGGCCUUUGUCGCAUGUGAAAUAGUUUGAGUUUUGUAUAUUUAUGGUAUUAACAUGAAAUAAAAUUUGAAAGAAAUA